AUGAAGUACGAGUAUGAGAAUUAUGACCCUUCAUUCCCUGACCAACCGGUGGUUGAUCAAUACCUGCCGGUAUGGUCUAGGCUACCGGCAUUUGGGUCCAAGCCAGCAUUCAUUUGGGCUCAUGACACCAUCCUAACCUACUCACAACUCAAUGCCUCAGUUGACCACAUCUCCUCCCACCUUCUCACUACUCCCACUCUUCAAAGAGGUGACACUCUCCUUCUUCUCUCUUCUCCAGGUCUUCACUUUGUUGAACUCAUCUUCGCUUCCCAAAGGGCUGGUCUUUUAUCUGUCCCUAUAGUCCCUCCUCACCCUUCUUUCGCUAAUGAAAAUUAUCACCACCUUCUUAGAGUUAUCUCGCAGACUAAACCCAAAGCUGCAGUUGCUCAUUCUUCUUACAUUUCAUGUAUCCAACGCUAUCUCUCUGAUCACAACAACAUUAAUCAUAAUCUUAAUCUUAUUCGUGCGUUACAAACCAUGAACUGGAUUUCCAUUGAGGACAUCAAGCAUGGUGCUAAUAAUAAUAAAAAUAAUGAUAAAUUUGGUGGAUCCCUAACAUACAAUGGUUGCAGGGAGAAUGAUGUGUAUCUUGUUCAGUACACUUCUGGCGCCACCGGGAUUCCGAAACCGGUUCUUGUAACGGCGGGUUCAGCCGCACAUAACUACCAUGACGCUGGCCUCAUGUUUUUGUUGUUAACCAUUGUUUCUGGUGCUACUUGUGUUCUUACUUCACCAACCUCGUUCAUCAAACGUCCCAGGUUGUGGCUUGAAUUGAUCUCUGAAUUCAAGGCCACGUGUACUCCUGUACCUUCUUUCACGUUGCCACUGGUUCUCAAACGUGGAGGAGUUGAUAAAGGAGUUUCUCCCAUUAAUCUCUCCCAUUUGAGGAACCUUAUACUCAUCAACGAACCUAUUUACAGAGACUGUGUCGAAGAGUUUGUUGGAGUCUUCGGUCCCUUUGGGUUAAGCUCUUGUGCCGUUUCUCCUUCUUAUGGUUUAGCUGAAAACUGCACCUUUGUUUCCAGUGCAUGGAGGAGUGAAAGUGACGCGUAUUCUUCUAGUAGCUUCCACGAUUUUCCAACUCACAACAAGCUUUUACCGGUUGCGAGACUAUGUAGGAAGGAGGAACAAGAAGACAUGGAAAUCGUGGUGGUUAAUGAAGAGACUCAUGAGCCAGUUGAGGAUGGCGUUGAAGGUGAGAUUUGGGUUUCAUCACCAAGCAAUGCUUCUGGAUACUUGGGACACCCUUCUUUGACGAGAGAAGUGUUCCAUGGAAGACUGAGGAACAUGGUUGGAAGAUGCUUUCUUAGAACACGUGACACAGGGAUUGUUAAAGGAGAGGGGAGAUACCUCUUUGUUACUGGAAGGUGUGAAGAUAUAAUCAAGCUCCAAAAUGGUGAAAAGAUUCAUCCUCAUUACAUUGAAUCUGCAGCCUAUAACAGUUGCACAAAGUUUUUGAGAGGUGGUUGUGUUGCGGCGUUUAAAGUUUCUGAAACAGUUGUUGCAGUGGUGGCGGAGUUACAGAGAACUGAGAAAGAGAUAAUGGUGGAUAAUGAGGUGUUGGGUAGCGUUUGUAAUGGGAUCAAAGAAAGUGUUUUGAAGAAGGAGAAUGUUCAAGUUGGGUGGGUUGUUUUGGUUAAGAGUGAAAGUGUUCCAAAAACCACUUCUGGGAAAUUGCAAAGAUGGCUUGCUAAGGAGAAGAUUCUUGGUGGGAAAAUGAAGGUUGUGAUGGAGAUGAAAUUUGGUGAUGAUGAUGUUAGUAGAACUUUACCAACUGGGUCGUUACUUUCACUUCUCUGA